AUGUCAAGUAAUCCAUCACUCCCUACAACAAUAGCGAAUUAUCAAUUGGUUGAAGAGAUAGGUCGAGGAGCUUUUGGGGUGGUCUGGUUGAGUAGAAGUAAAAAAACCUCACAAGUUUAUGCUAUCAAAAUACUCGAUAAACAGGAACUUAUAAGUCCAAAACAAAAAGAAAGUAUAGAAUCUGAAAUUAAGAUUAUGAAAAAACUCAGAAAGAAACCAUUUGUUUUACAAUUUCACGAAACUUUUGCGAAUUCAAGAUACGUUUUUAUAGUGAUUGAAUACGCAGAGAUGGGAGACUUAUAUAACUUAUUAGUAAAAAAUGGCAAAUUGAGCAAAGAUCAAGUUGGAUAUUAUAUCAUACAAAUCUCCGCUGGAUUAAAUGAAUUACAUCAAUCUAAAAUAAUUUAUAGAGAUUUAAAGCCAAGUAACGUCUUAUUGACUCAUGAAGGUCACGUGAAGCUUGCAGAUUUUGGUUUAUCUAAGGAAGUUAGUUCAUUUGAUGAUGAUAAAACAGGUUCUUUAUGUGGCACUAUCGUUUAUUUGGCUCCUGAAGUGAUUAGAGGAGAAGACUAUAGCUUCAGUAUUGAUUGGUAUUCUCUUGGUAUUCUUACCCACGAGCUUUACUUCAACACUAUUCCUAUAGCCAACGGGGAUCCACCAGAAAACUCUCAUGAAUUAAUGAAAUUGAUCAUGAAUGGCGAUUUGACCCUUGAUCCGGAUCUGGAACCAGAGGGUCAAUCUUUCAUUUAUUGGUUAACAGAUUUCAAUCCAAAAAGAAGACCUAAAGAUUUCAAUCACAUCAAACUACAUCCUUGGCUUUCUAAUUUACCUUGGAGGAAGAUUCUUCUAAAUCAAAGUGAUUAUGAAGGUGGUUGGUGUUGA